UGAACAGAACUCACGUUGUACCUCAGUUCAACCUCUGAUAAAAGAUAAGCGUAGCAAUUAAAGUAAUACAAUAAUACAGUAAUUUACUUAUCACCGACAGUUAACAUUUCAGCACCGUACAGCAGUUGAAGAAAAUACAGUAAACGGCAUUGUAAUCACAUCGUAAUGAAUGAUUAAUAAAUUUGAAGGAUCGAUUUCCAUAGGCGGUUGUUGCGCGAAAAACUUCCACCAGUAUGGAAGCUGUCUGCACUCAAAACGGUCAGUACAUCAACAUGAUUCUGAAUCUACGCAAAGUGUUCGAUCUACUCGAAUUGGCAGGAAGGUUGUCGUGUACCUGGCCGGACGAUACGAGCACCAGCAAAUGGGCAAAUGUUUUUCGUAAUGUUCGUUGGAUCUUUACGUUGAUCAGUAUGAUCGUCUUAUUGAUAUCCUUAGCGUUGGGAGUGUAUCACCAUCGAAACAAUUUUCUCUUCCUGAUGAAAACCAUGUCCGAGAUCAGUGCAAUAAUCAACGUGAUUUUUGAUCUGAUCCUCAGCAAACUACACAGCACCGAACUGCAGACUUUGAUUCAAACAAUCAGGAAGCAUCUGGAAACGGCUAGCGAGUACGAAAAUCAUGUUAUAGAACGCUACCUGGAUCGUUACAAAGAAUUUUACACGGCGCUCGUAGCAGCUUACAUUGCAAGUGGAAUUUUCUUCACAGUGGCGCCACUUUUCUUGAGCCAAAAUCUACCAAUGGAUGGUUGGAUUCCAUUCUCCACCGAGUCCUUUGCAAUAUAUUGCAUUGUUUACUUCGUAGAAUCUUACUGCAUUUUGCAGGCAGCACUCAUCUUCGUAAUCAACGUAAUGAUUGUUAUCCUUUUCUGUUUCAUCGCUGCCAGGCUAGAUAUAUUAGGCACCAAGUUGAAUCAAGUAAACUGCCGCGAAUUGCUGGUAAUCUGUGUAAAAGAACAUCAAGAGAUAAUAAAAUUUUUUGAUGAUACCGAAGACGCUGUUCAAGGUCUGCUAUUUAAAAUGAAUGUCCUGAUUGGAAUGAGUGUCAUAUCCGCAACUUUUCCCAUGCUUUACAAUCAAUCGUUGGCUGUAACGGGACAGUUUUUGUGCUUGCUUGUAUCAGUCUGUGCACGAAUGUACAUCCUUUCCCGGGCGGCAGACGAUUUGAGAGAAAGUAGUAUACGGUUCUCAGUAUCGAUCAACAAUAUUCAAUGGAUCGGAAAGUCACGAAAAAUGACAAACAUCGUAUUGAUUAUGAUGCAGAGGUGUCAGAAACCAUUUCUGGUUUCAAUGGGUGGUUUCUUUCCAGCCCUUUCAUUGGAGUAUUACUCGCAGUUUUUGACUACCAUAUCUUCCUAUUUUAUGGCGAUGAGAACUACUAUGAACUUUUAAUUUUCCUGAUUCUCUAGGUAACUAAACUUCUUGAUUAAUGAAAAAUUUUAGUAAAACCGAGCCACCGUGUGCUUCAAUAGAAUGUGAUAGCUUUCAAUCUUGUUAUCUCUGACUUGGACUUUCAUUUCUUUCCUUGUGUUUGUUAUGAAAAUUUAUUGCAAUAAUUGUAUUAUUUCUGUUGAACGUGGACAACGGCGUAAAUAAAAUAUCAAGCCAUUGAUUAUUGUAUGAUUGAUCUUUCUAAUAUACACUCAAAUGAAUGAGAAAUUAUUUUUACCUGUAAAGGAAGUUGCAGUAUAUUUGUAACUUCUUUGGGAGUUAUUCGUCGACAUAACUGUUAAGGGUUGAAAACCGCUGUGGCUGAAGCAAUGGUUAGACUGAACAUUUUUUAACAUUGCAAUAUUUUAA